AUGACUCAACUGUUUGCAUUUGGAUCAAAUGGAGGUGGCCAAUUAGGUAUUGGUCACAUGGAAGAUACAAAUAGACCUACAGCUUGCAUAGGUUUACCAACUGAUGAUCCAAUUGUAAAGAUCUCUGGUGGUGGUAAUCAUUCCGCCAUUAUUACUAAGCAAGGACAUCUCUACAUGACCGGCUCAUCACGACAUGGUGAAGAAAGCCAUGAUGAUAACGAAGAAUUCGUCAACACAUAUAAAAGACAAUUACCUGAUAUAAAAUGCAGGGACGUAGCUUGUGGAUGGGCAUUUACGAUUGUAUUGACCGAGACAGGCAAAUUAUAUGGUAUUGGCACAAGUCGUUGGAACGAACUAGGAUCCUUAUCAUCGACAGAUAAAUGGACAGAGAUAAGGCAUGCAGUUUUCGACAACCAGCAGAUUGUGUCUAUAGCAUGUGGAUGGCGUCAUUGUAUUGCACUUGAUGCAGAAGGUACAGUUUAUGGAUGGGGUUGGGGACGACAUGGACAGUUAGGACCUGGAGCAAGAGAUAAAAAGGACAUCCGAGCCAUUCAGAGAAUCACCAUGCCACAGCCUAUCGUUCAAGCUGCAUGUGGACAUUUGCAUACAUUAUUGAGAGGGAAAGAUGGUAGAGUGUAUAGUUUUGGAUCUAAUAAGUAUGGUCAGUUAGGUACUGACGAUACAGCUGAGGAUAUCUCUACUCUUAGUGUAAAGGCGAGUUGGAUUGAUGCAGGAUGGCAUCAUAGUGCUAUUUUGGAUGAAAGUGGUAAUUUGACCUUAUUUGGAAGAAAUGACCAUGGUCAAUUGACUACCUGUACACAACCUAUUCGUGGUAUUCGCCAGUUUGUAUGUGGAUCAGAACAUACAGUAGCCAUUCGUGAUAAUAAUAAUGAAGUCAUCGCUUGGGGUUGGAAUGAACAUGGAAAUUGUACUUCUGAUAUGGAUUUUGUGAGUGAACCUAUUAGUUUAGGAGGUUUUAAUGGAAGAGUCAAUAUAUUAGGCGCUGGCUGUGCUACAACCUGGCUAGGCGUAAUAAUAUAA